AUGCUGGCUGGGCGAGCCCUCGCCUUCCUCUCCCUGACCUGGAGUGCUUACCAGAGCCUGGCCGUCCCCAGGGUUGCGGAAUGUGGCCUCUCCUGUUCCCAGGGCUUCACCUGCAAGAGCCGCAUGAACCGAAAUAUUUUCAACAGCUUCUGCCGCGAGCCCCCCACGUCCAUGUCCGGGUCCGUCCUGGAGGCCCUGACCCUCUCCACUGCCAUGAAGUGUGCCCCCCGCGACGGCUGCUCCCUGUUCCUGAGCAUCAAUGCCUCUCUCACGCUGCAUGAGGGCCUGCGAGGCCUGGAGGCCUGCUCCAUGAGCCUGGACACCCAGGAGACACAGUGCCAGAGCGUGCGGGUCCCCAGGGCCUCCCGCCGGCUGCAGGUGGGGCAGCAGCUCCAGGUGCACUUUGACUGCUUUGAGGUGAGCGUGGCCCAGAGCCUCUACGUCACCCUGAGGACUGUCCCCCACUUCUGCGGGGUCCAGCUGGGCCAGCGGUACCAUGUGGAAGACUGCGCAGACGAGGACGUAGGGAGGAACGUGCCCGACUGCUUUGCUGGGAAGCUCUCCUACUCGGUGGACCGCAGCCGCAAGGUCGUUCUGGUACAGGUGCCAGAGUCAGGGGGCCCUGACUACUACGUGCGGCUCUGCCUCAAGUGGUUCACCUGCGAGGACGCAGGCGCCCCAGUGCGAGUGACAGCGAACAGGGUCUCCCGGAGGGUCUCUCUGCCCUACAAGCAAGAGUUGUCGUGCCUGUGCCUUGAGGGCUGGUCUGCAACGCCUGACGCCGUGCGGAUCCAGACCUGCCCCUUCGAAGAUGACACGGAGACACUGUGGGACGCCAUCCACUACCACCCGGGGAGCCAGGAGCUGAGCUGGGAGCCUGCCUGUCCCAUGAGUGGCCGUGUGAGUCUGUGCUGGCGCCCAGGGCCAGGGCCCCAAUGCCUGGAGCUGGAGCACUCCGGCCGGCCCGCACACAGCAGGGUGCAGUACCCUCUUGUGGACACCCAGCCCCAGCUCUGCGUGAAGUUCUCCACGAGCCUGGGCUUCCUGGUGAGGUGCCCUUUUGAGCAGCCGCGCUUCCCAGCCUGGAAGAUGACCGUCCACCUGGCACACACUCCGGGCCACCUCCGGGUGACCUUCUUCUCGCCCAGCCCUGCCCGCUUCCAGGUGUGCCUGUGUCACCGAGGGAAGACGGGGCCCCCCGUGUGCCACCGGGUGCUCCAGGCCACCCCCAUCCCUGAGGUGAGUUGGGGUGACCCCACAGAGGAGCCUGCGGUGGCCUUUGUGGACAUUCCCGGGGACCAGGCCUGUGCACCCGGCACCUGCAUCCAGGGCAGGAGGACCGACAUCCAGUUCUCCGCCCCCCAGCAGCUGUGCGACCUCCAGUGCGUCAAGCCCCCCCAGGGUCUCCAAGCGCCCAGCCGGGUCCCACGGUGUCAGGUGCGCUGCGUCCUCCUCCCUGAGUGCUCCGACCCCAAUCAGGGCUCUGAUUCCAAUGUGCAAGAACUCGAUGUCCCCAGCCCACCCAUCGCCCAGCCAGCCACCGAGGUCCAGACUCCUGGGCCUCAGGCCCGGCAGGAAACAGAGCUAAGCCUAACUCUGCAGGGCCUGGGUGUGGCCCAGCAGGGUGGCUCCUGCGGAUGGGCAGCUGGGCAGCUGCCACCCAGGGGACAGCAGCCUGAGGCCAGGUGUCUCACCAAGAAGCAAGUGCCAGGGCCUGAUUGCUGGGAUGUGAGGCCUGCGGCUCCCGGGGGCCCUUGGGCCAUGCCGGGGCUUCCAGUCAAAGGACCUUCAGCCCCUCUGAACCCCCUGAGUGGGGUCCAAGAGAAUGGCUGGGUGGGAUGCGCCCUUCCCCAGAUGGCCCAGCCCCUGACCUGCCCCGUCGCAGCGUGGUCCCGGCUCCCUCUGGACAACCGGGGGCCACGGCCUGCACCCCUGGUCCUGAGGACAACGUUCUCUGGAGUGCAGACUCUCCCUCGACCCAUCAAAGACUCUGCUGAGAGCUCGAGGGAGCCCACGGCCCGAACACCACCCUGCACCAGCCCCCUGCAGAGCUCAGACCACCUUCCACUCCCCAGGCCCCUAGCGAGGCCAGUCCAGCCAGGGGUCACCCAGCAGUUGGCCGGCUGGGUCUGCCCUCCCAGGACCCUCCUGCCGGCUCACAAGGACCACCGGGCCACACCUCCCGAGCUGUGUCUGGAGUCGCCUCCACGAGACCACGCCGACUAG